AAGAGUUAUAGAGAGAGGGGAAAGAAAGUUAUUUGAUUGGUUUCGCUUUGCUUUUUGCUCAGAAAUCAAGUUUUUCACUUUGGUUUCACAAAAUCUGUCCAAAAAGACGAACAUAAAUUCUCUGCACAAGUCGGCGUAAAAGAAAUCUAGAGCAGGGGGGAGAUAGAGAUUUUAAGAGCAUUGAAAGCAAAGAGAAAGACGCGGAUUGGGGUGCCAAUAUCAUCAUGGUAAUUAGGGUUUCUGAAUGAUUAUUAAUAUUAUUUUCCUAACCAAGGUUUCUAGGAGGAGCUUGUUCGAGUUUAAAAAUGGCUGGGGUAGGAUCAUCAAGAAACAACGAAGAAGACAAUCAACACAAGACAAAUUGGCUUUGGUACAGAAACACAGUUAGCUCAAACACGAGCCACAGUAAUCAGCACCCGAUAUGUCAGCAGCAGAUAUGGCAGCAGCAAAGCCUCGAUCUAUAUCCGGGUCAGAUCAACGUCUGUGAUGUGAAUACGUCAUCAAGAUCCGUAACCAUAAGUUGUCAAGACUGUGGAAACCAAGCAAAGAAAGGUUGCACGCAUAUGCGGUGCAGAACUUGUUGUAAGAGCCAAGGGCUCGAUUGUCCCACUCACGUGAGGAGCACAUGGAUCCCUGCUGCCAAACGCCGUGAGCGGCAGCAGCAGAUAGAGACGCCAACAGCCAAUCGAAAUGGCCGUGGCUGCGGAGUUGGGAAUAUCCCAAAACGGAGUUGGGAUCUACCGGCUACCUUAGACUCACCAGAGAUGGGUAAGACAACAUUUCCAGAAGAAGUGAGCUCAGAUGCACUUUUCCGGUGCGUUAGAAUGAGCGGCACAGACGACGGAGAAGGCCAAUUUGCUUACCAGACUACCGUGGGCAUAGCUGGUCACGUCUUUAAGGGAAUUUUAUAUAGCGAAGGCCCAGAAAGCAUGCCUGGUACACAAUUCUAUGAGAACCCAUUAAGAUCUUAAUUGUUGCAUAAACAUUUCUUAAAAAAAUAUAUGUCGUAUGCAAUGUCUUUGUUUUGAAAUAUAAAAACGCUUUACCAUUAAUAAAUGAUUACCUGAUGACUA